AUGGGCAUGCCAUAUGUCCAGUUCAAAGUCCUCGGCAGACUUUGCCAGUCCCUCGGGGUGAGCAUUUGGGAGAUAAGGGAGGAGCACUGUCCCGUCAUGACGACCGGGCCGGCCGAUAUUGUCUACAGUACGACAUACUUGAAGGCGUGCGAGGCAGAAAAGGCCGAACAGAUUCCCCGAAUGAAGGAGGCGAUGCUCGACAGGGCGGCCAAGCGGGGGAGGGAGGAGUCUCGCCAGGCUCCCGUGCCUGUGCAUGGCGACCUGGCCAAGUCUCGAUGGGCUCCCGGGUCUGCCGCCGGUCCGGCCCCCAGGGAAGACACACGUGCGGCCGUGGAGGGCAUCAAGGCCGUUCCGUUCCCUCCAGGGAGAGACUGGAAGACUUGCUUCGAGAUUCCAUCUGCGAAGCUCCGGCAGUGCAUGCCCCCGGCGGUCCGGGUUGUCUGCCGAGUCAACCUCCACGGAGCUGGUCGUGCGUCUUGCCGACAGUCAAGUCGCGAGUCCUUCAACCAGCAGGAGCUGUUCGCUCCUGUGUUGGCAUUUCCGCCUGGGCUCGACUUUUUUUGGACCAAUGCCAUGGACGCGCACGCCGAGGCUAACCGCGCGUGA